AUGCGGGCCGCCGUCUCCACCGAGUCAGCCCUGGGCCCCCGAGGACCCCUCGGCUUGCCCUUAUCAGAGGAGCGCGGCUUCCUCUUGCUGGAGCACAAGAUCCGUGCCGUCUCGAACCUUCUGUGCCAGUUCGCGAAGUGCUGCCGACCGCGUCCUCCAGAGUCGAUCGGCCUUGUCGUCCAGGAACGCGUCGGCGGUUUCAAGGACGCGACCCUCGCUGGAGCGCAUCUCCCUCGCCGGCGUGGCCCGGUCGACUCCGACAACUCGAUCAUGGACAACAUCGACUACAAAGCGAAGGUCGGCUUCGUGCCGGUUGGCGACGGAGGCCGAGUCACAAUCGUCCUCUCGUUUGCGUCGGAAUCCCCUUCGCUCCUGGGAGCCGAGGCGUGCGGCGCCAAGAACGCCCUCGUGAAGGACGUCCCCGCAAAGUCUGGCGCGGAGGCCUCCGACGAGAGCAUCAUCAAGAAAGACCCUUCGGCAGAGGCGCCCGCCGCGGGCACGGUCGACUCGGCCAAGGCCAAGGCCAAGGCCGUCGGCAUCCCGCCCGAGAGCGAGCCCAGCCCGCUCAAGGACGGCAUUGACGCGGGCGGCGGCAACGUCGCGGGCGAGUCUUCGCCGAUGAAGUCCUUCGCGAAGGUCGGAAUCGUGCCGGCUGACGACGGCCGCAUCACGAUCGUCAUCUCCGAGUCGGUGUCGCCUUCGCUCCUCGGAGCCAAGGACAUCCCAAUGGCAAAGUCUGGCACGGAGGACGUUCUCAAGAAGGACCCGGCCGCGGAAAAGGCGCCCGACGCGGGCCCGGUCGACUCGGACAAGGCCAAGGCCAUGUUCGCCACCCACGCGCCGCGCCCGACCGCCGUUUUCUGGUCCAAGUUUCCGCGCCCGACCGGCCCACCGACAGCCCCCACCGGCGCCCUCAAGAAGGCUGCGGCCAAGUCUGGCACGGAGGCCUCCUUUGACGAGACCGGCGUCAUCAAGAACGACCCGGCGCUCAAGCCGGCCACCAAGGGCGACUGGAACGUUUCGAACAAGGAGUUUCCAGAGGAGACGGCCGCCCCGACGGUGAGCACCUCCCAGCAGAAGCACCCGCGGGGCAUCGACGGGUGGAAGACCCCCUCCCCGCUCCGCAAGAUCGAGCGCAAGGGCGAGCCCAACCUGAUCGACCGCUCCAAGAAGACCACCAAGAACCCCACCCCGAUCGGCCGCGUCGACCCCAACGGGUUCGCGGCGCUACUCGGAACGGACGUCGACGAGGAAGACCUCGCUGGCGUCGGCUCCGGCAAGGCGUCUACCGACGACGCCCCGCCGUCGUCGACGACGCCCUCGGCGCGGCGGCGCCGCGGGGAGAAGACCGAGCCGACCUCGACGCGCUCCGGCUUUGGCGCGCGCUCCGGCUUUGGCAUGUUUGGCUCGUCCAAGGGGGGCAAGUUCUGCUCGUCCAAGCUGCUGUGCGUCAUCGUCACCGUGGUGGUCGGUCUGGGCCUCUCGGCCUUUGCGCUCUCCUCGCACGGCUCGGGCGGCAUCUCUGAGCACCUCGAGUCGGUGUUCCUGCCCAACGCGAACGCGGGCCAGCUCAAGUCGACGGGAUGGACGCCAGACGAUACGAAGCGUACGGACGGCUCCGUUGGCCCGCGUUCGAGCGGCCGCGGCUUUGCGCUGCCUAAGAAUGGGACCUACGGAUGGCACAAAUGGGCGGUGGAGCGCAUCGCUGAGCGCUGCAUGGCCCGCGACAGCGAGCUGCAUUCGCACUGCGCGAGGCGCGACAUGUACCAGUUUGGCGUAUACACGGGACGCAGCCUCAAGGGCACGACGCAAGCGCUGCGUGCGAAGAACGUGCGCUACCACACGUUCUGGGGCUGCGACUCGUUCCAGGGGCUACCGGAGGAGGACGCAAGCGAGCAGCGCAGCUCGCACAGCAAAGGCGAAUGGCAGGCGGGCACCUUCAACGCGGCCGACAUGUUCAAGGUCUACGAUUUCAGCUCUCUGGAGCGGCGCAUCAAGCGCUACGUCGACGACACGCACGUGCGCUUCAUCCGCGGCUACUUCAACGAGUCGCUCACCAAGGCCCUCGCCCCCGUUCUGCGCCCUGCCCUCUUCGUCGACAUCGAUGCACUCGAUUACAUGCUCACAAACAAGCUCAUUGUCGUCGGCACGCUGGUGGGGUUCGACGAUUGGCCGGCGGGAGGGCGGCGUGGCGGCGAGCAGCGCGCCCAUCGGAAGCUCACCAAGAAGUGGGGGCUGCGCUGGAAGAACAUCGUGCCCGGCUGCAAGGAGGAUCGGACCAACAAGAUGCAAUGCGUCUUCGAGCUGCUGGCCAUCGGGGCGGCCACGCCCGACUGCGACUGCCUCGAGCCUCGCGCCAAGCCGUUUCGGGAUCGUCUGACCUCGCGCCACGGGAGUUCAGCCAGCGCCUGA